AACGCAGGUGCUUAUCUCCAGGCUGUCACAGACAUAGUGUUUCAUAUUCCUGGGGACUACCUUUCAAAAGCUACCGGCUCCAGCGCUCCAGCAUCAACUGAGCAGGCACAGCAAAGAAUCUGCAGCUAACUUUCAGCAUCAGUAAAAGCAUGAAUGUCACACCCACGUCUUAGAAACGCUGAAGAAAAGUGUGUGCAGUAGUCGGAGCGGCCCACUGGGACCUUUCAGAACAUCUUAUUCAUUACAGGGCGAAGGAAUAAAGAUGGAGUCUGACAGUGAAGAGAAUCGAAGUGAAACAUGUGAUAGUGCGAUUCUGCCUGACUGCAUUGCUGAGGCUCCCAGUUUGCAUCUCGUAGUGGGUAAAAAGCGGGUGGCUGUGGAAGGAGCCCGUGGGGCGCCAGUCAACAAGAGGAAAUUGCUCCUUAUGAAGCCCCGGCAUUACAGUCCCAGCCCCUUCCCUAGCGAGGGGGAUGGCAAGGAAGACCUGGCAAACGCUCAGGACAAAGACGCGCCCAGGAACACUGACACUCCAGCAGAUGAGUACCUUAAUGGUGGUGAUGUCCUGGAAGACACUAUCUAUCACAAUGCAAAGUCCCACCACUUGUCAUGGUCGGAACAAACAAGCGAGGGUUCACCAGACCUGGUGGCUCAAAUGUCUGAACACCAAAACGAGCAAGAGGAGGAACAGAGCCUAGACUUUGAAAACAACCAGGAGGACAUCAGAGCCGGUUAUCACCUGUCCUCAGACCAAGCUGUAGAGGAGUGGAGCAGUCCUCCAUCUCUAACUAAGGUCAACGGCAUCCAUCACAGUCCCAGUCCACCUGCAGAAGACACCCUUAUAAAGAGACUCCGAUUAGGGCACCAAAUCCAUGAAGAUGCCCUUUCUUUGUACAUUAACAAAAACAAUACAGGAUCUAUGAUGGAGGUGUUUGGUUUUUCGAGGGAGUUCAGCGAUAGUGAGGAGGAGCUCCAGACGCCCAGGAUGGAGGAGCGAGGAGGUGUUUGGGGUCCAGGUCUAGUGGCCAGGCAUUUGGAACUGGACAGGGCCCGACUGAACCUCAGUCUUCUAGAGCAGGCCAUGGUGCUACAGUCUGAACAUAGACAGGUCCUCCACAGUGCCUACAAAGACAUGGACCGCUUUCUCUUGGAGCAGAUGAACCAUGAAAGGAGGCAGCAGAAGAUGCUGGAGAUGGACAACAGAACUCUGUACCACAGCAGCAAAGACUCUCCUCGAACGGAAAAGAAAGACAUCAAAUGUCCGACGCCGGGCUGUGAUGGGACAGGCCAUGUGACAGGUCUCUAUCCACAUCACCGGAGUCUAUCAGGAUGUCCUCACAAAGUCAGAUUGCCCCCAGAGGUCCUUGCCAUGCACGAAAAUGUUCUGAAGUGUCCGACCCCUGGCUGUACAGGAAGAGGCCAUGUCAAUAGUAACCGUAGCACACAUAGAAGUCUUUCAGGCUGCCCGAUAGCUGCUGCAGAAAAGAUCUCCAAACCGCAAGAGGAUCCUACGAAGUGCAGGCCGACAGCGGAGAGAAUGGCUAGACCUUUGAGAAACAUGGAGAAAUUUGACUUCACGUACAGAUUUGCACAUCCCAUGGCCACGUUGCAGGCCAGUAUGGCCAAAGACAUGGAGAAGUACAGCAAAGGCCAUUUCGAUUAUGCCAGUUUUGACGCCCAGGUCUUUGGCAAACAAGCCCAGAUGGCAUCCGACCAGAACCACGAAUCUUCACACUUUCCUGACUCUUCUGCUCAGUUUCCCUGUUUUCUGGAUCCUGGUGGUCAUUUGCUUGUGCCUGGAGACAACAGUCCUAAUCACCAUAAACCCCAAAGCAGCACCCUCCAGUCCAACAUCGCAUCCGCAGCCAUACUCAACCUCUCCACACGUUGCCGAGACAACGGCAAGGCCCUGCCCUCCGGCCAGCCCCUGGCAUCAUCCACAAAGGACACCCUUAUUGAGGUAGACGAGAAUGGAACACUGGAUUUAAGCAUGAAGAAGAAGAAGAGAGAGAAAGCACGGGACUCUCCUGUGAUGCCAGCGUUAGGAGAUGCUCUUUCAACCCCGCCUGAACCUUCCUUACCCAAAGCAGCGGGUAUCCAGAUCUCCCCGGCCAUCUAUCGUGUCCUCUAUGAACAGGAUGCCUGGGACACACCAUUAAACUUUAGCAAAACACCCGUCCAACAAGACAAAGAGAUGGAUGCAUUGGAGAGGGCUUCACUCGAGGACAAAGCGUACAAUGGAGAUGUGAACAUGACAAAAAACAAGAUGCUCAUAAGAGAAAACAAGAAAGAGCUAAUGAGUUGUCCGACACCAGGUUGUGACGGUAGUGGUCAUGUGACAGGGAAUUAUGCAUCACAUAGAAGUGUAUCUGGGUGCCCAUUGGCUGAUAAGACUCUUAAGUCACUAAUGGCUGCCAAUACUCAAGAACUAAAGUGCCCAACUCCUGGCUGUGAUGGUUCAGGUCAUGUGACAGGAAACUAUGCGUCUCAUAGAAGUCUGUCAGGCUGCCCUCGUGCCAGAAAAGGAUCCUUGAAGCUCACGCCAAGCAAGGAGGACAAAGAAGAGCCAGAGAUGAAGUGCCCAGUGGCAGGUUGUGAUGGCCAGGGCCAUGUGUCGGGCAAAUACUCAUCGCAUCGCAGUGCGGGAAGCUGCCCCAUUGCCAACAAGCGGCAGAAGGAGAGUUCCAUGAACGGAUCGGCCUUCUCCUGGAAGGUCUGUAAGCAGGAGCUGCCACACUGCCCCCUGCCUGGCUGCAAUGGGUUGGGUCACGCUAAUAACGUCUUCAUUACACACAGGAGUUUGUCAGGAUGUCCGUUAAAUGCCCAAAGUAUCAAGAGAAAGCUCUUAGAUGAAGAGAUGAUGAACAUCAAACUGAAAACCAGCAGUGGUAUCGAAAACAAUGAAGACAUGCAGCACUUGGAUCAUGAAAUAAAGGAACUCAAUGAAUCGAAUCUAAAGAUAGAAGCAGAUAUGAUGCAGCUUCAGACACAGAUCUCAUCCAUGGAGUGCAACUUGAAGACUAUAGAGGAAGAGAAUAAAAUAAUCGAACAGCACAACGACAGUCUGUUGAAGGAGUUAGCGCAUCUUAGUCAAGCACUUAUCAACAGUCUCACAGAUAUACAGCUGCCACAAAUGGGUCCCAUAAAUGAACAGAAUUUCGAAGCUUAUGUGAAUACAUUGAUGGAUAUGUACAAAAAUUCCGAGCUCGAGUAUUCUCCGGAAUGCAAAGCCUUAUUGGACAGCAUCAGACAAGCCAUAAAGGGUAUUCAUGUAUAAGGCCAAACACUCUCUUUCCAAACAGUUUGAUCAUCUGCGGAGGGCUGGCUUUGUGAUCUGUGCAAGACAUAUCUUGUAAAGAAAAUAAUAAUAAUUAUAACUCCAUUCCAUGAUGAAAUCAUUGCACUGAAAAAUACCAGCCACAUUUUCUAAUGCUAAAUAUUUCCACUUGAUAUGUUCUUUUAAGUAAGAUUUUACCUCCUUUUGCACUUAUUUAUUUCCUAUGGUUUGCUUGACUUAAUUUCGUAGUCGUUCUUUUGCGCAUUAUUAUAUUAUUGCUACAUAUUAUCUUUAUUCAUCUGUACUAUUUAUCACACAGCAAUCGUAUUUAUUUAUUUAUUUAUUGGUAUCAUAAUUGUUUAAAUAUUUGAUGCAACUCCAAAAUGCAAGGCCAGUUUUACAUAUUGUGAAUAUAUUUAGAGAUCAUUUGCAUUUGUUGUACAAUAUUUGGGAGUUUUAUUAGUUCGAAAUAUUUCACCUGCAUUCAGUGGCGUUUCUAGCUUGUAUGGCGCCCUGGGCGAUUGGAGAAUUGACUUCAAAUGCAAUCUAAUGCAAAGCGCCCCGUGCCACCCCCAGCAAGCUGCCCAUGUCGCCCAUGCCUAAAUCUGCCACUGCCUGCAUUUUUGAUUACUUUUAUUAACAACUGAUGUCAAAUGUAAGAUUAGUCAAUUUGCGCCACCUGUUGUUGAGCAACUGUUAUUGGUCUGUUAGAGCAGUAUACCCCAAAGUUGUUAUUUAUUGAUUUUUAAAUGUGUUAAAUGCCACUGAUUAAUUGAAAAAUGACAUAAUUUGUUUUGAAUCAUGAAUUUGUGUUCCAAUUACUGAGCAAAAGAAAAAUUUUGUAUCUGAACUCAACUGUACAAGUACACUUGACCAGAGCAAAAAUCACUUCAUCAGCGUUGAAGAAAAACUAAUUCAUGAUAUCCUACUUUAUUUCCUUUUCUGUUCAUAUGAACUGCCUUUGGUGUGCACAUCCGUGUGUGCAUAUAUGUGCCUAAAUGUAAAUGAGUACAUGGAAUAUGAUAUGUUUUGUGGUAGAGCAGUAUUAUGUGAAUGGUGAGUCAUUUUACUCUGCAGUAUUUUCUGAAUGAAAAUAAGCCUCUAAACUCUGUUUACCAAUCGUUUAUACACCAUUUGAAGUAUGUAACAAUAUUCUUGUAAAAUGGGGAUCAAGUGUUUUAUGAUCAGGCAGGCACAAUAAGGUUUAGAUUAUUUGUAUUAGCCUAAUAGGCUUCAGAACUCCUUAACCUUUAUGAAACAAACAAUGGUCUCUAAAUUCUCAAACAUUUUUGGAAAUACCUUGAUGUUCCUUUAGUUUUAUGAAUAGUAUUUUCUUAGCUGUUUCUCAAAGCACUUCACUCACUAUUUAUUCAAUGUUAUCAAAGCUUUUUUUCAUGGUUAUUAUAGCGUAUGCCUAUUGUUACACCACUGCAAGCGAUGCCACGUACUAGAUCACUCCAAUAGACUUUAUUUAAAGUAGCGCCAUAUUUGAUUUUUGACGGGAAUGCAAGGGGGGGGGGGGACGUGUCCAAGAUGUCCAAAAUGUCCAAAUUGGGGCCAAUUAGCCAUUUUCCCUCCCGGUGUCGUGUGACUCGUUAGUGUUACAAGGUCUCAGGUGUGAAUGGGGAGCAGGCGUGUUCAAUUUGGUGUCAUCGCUCUCACACUCCCUCAUACUGGUCAUUGGAAGUUCAACACACCUCCAAGACGACCACUGCCUUGUUAAAGAAGCUGAGGGUGAAAGUGAUGGACUGGCCAAGCAUGUCUCCAGACCUAAACCCUGUUGAGCACCUGUGGGGCAUCCUCAAAUGGAAGGUGGAGGAGCACAAGGUCUCUAACAUCCAACGUGAAGCAUUUAUCCAUGUUUCCAUUGAUAAUGGUGUAACUAUUGGGGGGUUGUACUUGCUUGUUUUGAUUGCCGGGCCUGCGUUAAAGACACAGACUAUCCCUUGCGGCCGCUAUUCCAUUCCCGCCAAAAAAUAAAGAUGGCGCUACUCCGCCUGAAGUCUGUAAUAACCAACGGCUCUGCCUAUUCUGCAAUUGUAAAUCGAAAAUGCAGUAUAAAUAGCUUCGUUGAUUUAUUGGGAUAGAUCAAAUGUUUAAAUUGCAUUUUAAGUCAAUUCUUUACCAAAAUGACCUUAGUAGGCCUAUCCAUAUUUUCCAAUAAAAUACAAGGUAGGCCUACUACAAUACACUGUAUUAUGUUAUUACAGCAACAUUCACAAUAUAUUACUGCAGAAUAACUUUAAUAGCAACCUGCUACAGUCCAUAAUGACUAAAUCUAUACCAGUUGAUUUCCUGUUUAAAUGCAUGGGCCAUUGCAUCCCAGAAUAUCUGAGUGCUGUUACUGAAGGCAUUUGUUAUUUUAUUACCAAUGGCCUCGCAGUUGCAGCAGCUUUAAAACUUUUCCUAAAAAUGCAUUUUCCUAACCCCUUUGCACUUUUUCUGUUAUUAGUGUUUAUAGCAGAACAGGUUAUAUCCUUUAUCAAUUCUGUUUUCUUUUCCUGAUCAGCACAGGUUGUUUUGAAGGAGUUUACCAUAGUUUUACAUUGUUCUUUGAUGAUGAUUAAAAUGCAUAAGCAAAUUUACAGGUCAUCCCGAAGGAAUAAAAUCACUAUAUUAUCUGAUCAGAAUGAGCAUAAUGAAUUGUAUUCUUAAUAAACAUAAUCAAAUCUUUUUUGUUACCAUCCAAACUAGGGUAUAAUUUAUAAUAAAUUCUGUUAAAUUAUUUUUAAUUUAUAAACCACAGAUUGUUUGCUCAGGAAGUUUUGUGAGGAAUAUUUAUUUUUUCCUUUUUGUAUUUGAUGUUUUGUAAUGUGAUAUGAAAUCUUUUUGUCUGUGAAAAAAAAAAAACAAAGAGUAUAAUACACAGAACUGUAAAUUAUAUAGGUUGUUUUUGUUUAAAAAAAAAAUUUUUCAUUUUUGUUUUCAGUUCAAGUAGUUUGUAUAUCAGGAUUUCCUUACACUUUUAAAAUUUCAUAAGCAGUUCUGCGCUGUGUUGUACAGUUUGUGUAUGGUAGAAAUAAACUAUUGAAAUG